CCUUCAACCCCACCACCAUUGUUCUUCUUCUUCUUUGGCACUCAUCUUCACAGCAAUAGCCACACGACCCUUCGUUGCCUGUGGAACGGGACACACCAGCUACAAUGCUCGAUAUCAACGACUUCAUCGCGGAGCGUGGAGGCGACCCGGAGAAGAUCCGGGAGUCUCAACGCAAGCGAUUCGCGAGCGUCGAGAUCGUCGAUGAAAUCAUCCAGGAUUUCGAAAUCCACCGACAAACCCAAUAUCAGGUCACCCAAAUCGGUGCAACCAUCAACGGUCUCCAGAAAGUGCUCGGACAAAAGAAAAAGGCAAAGGAGAGCGCCGACGAUCUCGUCGCCGAGAUGGCCAAAUUGAAGAAGGACAAGCUCGCAAAGGAAGAGGAGGCAGCCGAGAAAUAUGUCAAGCUCACCAAAAAGGCCAGGACUGUAGGAAACUAUGUUCACUCCGACGUGCCCGUCUCCGACAACGAGGACAACAACAAAGUGCUGAAGACGUGGGCUUCUGAGGAAGGAGCGCAGGCAGUGCACAACGCCGAUGGUAUUCCCCACCACGGCGUAUUGGCUCGCCUUGACGGCUACGAUCCUGAGCGCGGUGUUAAGAUUGCUGGGCACCGAGGAUUCUCCUUGACCGGCUUUGGUGUCUUCCUGAACCUUGCCUUGACGAACUACGGAUUGGAAUUCCUGUUCAACAAGGGCUUCACUCCACAUGCACCACCAUACUUCAUGCGCAGGACCCUUAUGAGCAAGACGGCGCAGUUAUCUGAGUUUGAUGAACAACUGUACAAGGUGGCUGGCGAUAAGAACGACCCCGAUUCGGAGAUGUACCUCAUUGCCACUUCAGAACAGCCGCUUUCUGCUUUCCACGCAGAAGAGUGGCUGGGCACAGCCGAUCUUCCUAUCAAAUAUGCCGGUUCCUCCACCAACUUCCGCAAAGAAGCUGGUUCUCAUGGUAAAGACACAUGGGGAAUCUACCGCAUUCACCAAUUUAAAAAGAUCGAACAAUUUCUUAUCAGCCACCCGGAGAAGAGCUGGGAGGCGUAUCAGGAGAUGUUGGCCAACUGCGAGGAAUUCUACCAGAGCUUGGGACUGCCAUACAGGGUCAUCGACAUUGUCAGCGGAGCACUGAGUAAGUGGACCACCAUCCCAGGGAAUCUCGAAAUUCGUUCGAGAAAAAAAGCUGAUGAAGAAUGCACAGACGAUGCAGCGGCUAGGAAGAGGGAUCUUGAGGCUUGGUUCCCCGUAACGGGCGGUGGCGAGUACAAGGAGCUCGUUUCCAUCUCCAACUGCACCGACUACCAGACGCGCGAACUCGAAAUCCGAUUCGGCGUCAAGAAGCAAACCUCUACCCGCAAAGAAUACGUGCACGCCCUCAACGGCACCCUCUGCGCCACCGAACGCACCCUCUGCUGCCUCCUCGAGAAUUUCCAAACCCCAGAGGGCUUCAAAGUUCCCGCCGUCCUGCGCAAGUACAUCCCCGGCCAACCGGAGUUCCUGCCCUUUGUUAAGGACUGGAAGCCCCCGAAGGAUGAGAAGAGUAUUCCGGAUCGGACGAAAUAA